AUGAAUCUGAAUGAUUAUCAAUGGGAAUUCAAGAAGAAGCUUUUCAGAAGCGAUGUCGACCACAGUUCUCGGCUCCUCGUGCCGAGGAAGAUAGUCGAUAACCUUGUCUUCUGCCACUUGACUGAUGAGGAAAAAACGCAAGUGAAUGAAGGGGAUGGAGUUAGGGUGAAGGUGAGGGAUCUCAACGAAACAGAAGAAUAUGAAAUGACCUUCAAGAUGUGGAAAAGCACCAAAAGCUAUAUUUUCGUGGACAAUUGGAGUAGAGACUUCGUGAGGAGGAGGGAGUUGCAGGAGGGAGACGAGAUUGGGAUGUUUUGGAAUUGUAUGGACUCCAUCUUAUGCUUUGAUGUGUUGGAGAGGAAUGAAGAUCAAAGCUUUCAUGAAGCCAUGCACUAG